UUAUGAAAUAUAAUGUGCAGUAAAAGCUGAUUUGUUCUCACAGAGCAUCAUCAUGGUGAACUGCUGUGGUCUCGUGUCUGAAAAAAAUGAACCAGUUCCUCUGAAGAGCAUCUCGGUGGAGCUGCAGGUUCAGGAUCACGUGGCGUCCGUCCGCUCCUGUCUGCAGUAUGUGAAUGAGGAGGAGCGUCCGCUGGAGGCCGUGUUCGUCUUCCCGCUGCCCGCCGAUGCCGCCGUCUGCCACUUCAGCGCCAGGAUUGGAGAGCAGGAGAUCAGGGCCGAGCUGCAGGACAGACAGAGCGCGCGGGAUCAGUAUGAUGAUGCUGUGAGCUCGGGGCAGCAGGCGUUUCUGCUGGAAGAGAGCGAGGAGAGUUCAGAUGUGUUCAGACUGAGUGUGGGCUGUUUGUCUCCGGGUCAGAACGCCUCCAUCACCAUCGUCUACAUCAUCGAGCUCAGCGUCCAGGCCGAUCACGCGCUGCGCUUCUGUCUGCCGGCUGUACUCAACCCACGAUACACACCAGCAGCUUCAGCGGCCGGUGUAGUUCCAGAAGUUUCCUCGGCAUCUGUUAUUCCUUACACUCUGUCUCUGAGUGUUGAAGUGAGAUCUUCAGACCGCAUCUCCAGAUUCGAGUCCAGCUGCACUCUGGAUCCUCUGGAGUUCCUCGACGCGCAACACACUCACGCCACGGUGAAUCUGAGUGCUGGUCACCGGUUCGAUAAGGAUGUGGAGCUGUUUCUGUAUUAUGAGAAUUCCCAUCAGCCCUCUGCUGUAGUCGAGGCAGCAGCAUCUGCGGCUCAGUCAGGGUCUCUGAUGGGCGACCCGGCGCUCAUGAUCAGUCUGUACCCAGAGUUCCCUGCGGAUGUGAUGUCAUCACUGGCGUCUCAGGGCGAGUUCAUUUUUGUGGUCGACAGAUCAGGCAGUAUGGACUGCCAGAUGCAUCAUGGGAACGACGCACAGAUGCGCAUCGAAAGCGCAAGAGACACGCUGCUGCUGCUGCUGAAGAGUUUGCCCAUGGGAUGCUACUUCAACAUCUACGGAUUCGGAUCUCACUUUGAGUCCUUCUUCCCGUCAGUGACUAGAUCAAUCGCUUCAUUAGAUUAUAUCCUUAUUCCUUGGAUGGGAUCAGGUGUUUUUCUCAUCCUGACACUGAUUUUCUCUCAGCUGUUCGUCUUCACUGAUGGAGAGGUGUGGAACAUUAAGGAGGUGCUGGAUCUGGUGAAGAGUCAGGUUUACUCUCACAGGUGCUUCUCCUUCGGGAUCGGUGAGGGUGCGAGUACGGCUCUCAUCACAGGAAUGGCCAGAGAAGGUUCUGGUCACGCUCAGUUCAUCACAGGCACUGACCGCAUGCAGCCCAAAGUGAUGCAGUCGCUCAGGUUUGCUCUCCAGCCGGCCGUGGAUAAUAUCUCUGUGGACUGGACCGUUCCUGAAGGCGUGACGGUGGACAUGCUGUCCCCCCCCAUCAAUACUCUGUUCCAGGGUCAGAGGGCGCUCAUCUACGCUCAGAUUAAAGGACAGAGUUCAGGAAAGAAGGAAGGAGCUGUAACUGUGAAAUACAGGCUGAAAGAUCAACCAGUGACUAACCAGCUUCAAUUUACUCUUAAACCAACAGAAGACACAGGACUGACGAUCCACCGGCUGGCGGCCCGGUCUGUGAUCCGCUCUCUGGAGCUGGAGGAACGAGCCGGAGGAGCAGACGCGGAGAACAUCAGGAGAAGGAUUGUGGAGCUCAGCGUUCAGGCAGGAGUGAGCAGCGCUCACACAGCAUUCAUCGGCGUUAAUAAAGACCGCAAACAGACUGUGAAAGGGCCGCUGCUGCAGAGGAGAGUGCCAGUGCCAGGUAUGUUUCGGAUUUCUGCGACGCAAAGUUACUGUAUGGCAAUGAGUGCAAAUACAGCUCCUAAAUUGAGAAGUGCUAUAAAGUGUAAGAGAGAAAAACGUUCUGCGGCCCCGAUGGUUCCCAAAAUGGCAUUUCGUUCAGCAAUGCCAAUGGCUCCCCAAAUGGCAUUUGAUUCUCCAAUGCCAUGUUCCCUCGAGUCGUCCAACAUGAUGAUGAUUGAAUGUGAUGCCGCGUCAUAUGAGGAAGAAGCUGAGCCCCAGAAGGACCCUUUGCUCCAGCUGGUCUCUCUUCAGAAGGCCUCGGGAUGCUGGGAGCUCAACGCCUCAUUGGCUGCUGUGUUUGGGAAGACUGAGGACGAGGUGACCAAUCGGAAAGCAGCACAGGUGGAUGGGUCAGUGUGGGCCACCGUCCUCGCUCUCAUCUGGUUAUAUGCGUUUAAAUCAGAUCAGCAGGAUGAGUGGCAGUUUGUGGCCAUGAAGGCGGCGUCAUGGAUCCGCUCUCAGAAACGUCUGUGUGUUUCAGCGGACGGCCUGUCUCAGUGUGUGUGUGAUGGGAACGUUCUGUUGGGAUGUCAGGUGACUGAAGACAUGCUGGGAAUCUGAAGACUGCAAAUCCUGUGCUUAUAGAAGACCAAAUAUCUCCCCUUAGCAUGUUUUUUUUUUUUUAGAUUUUAAAGAUUUUAAAAGAAUAAACCUUUUGUAUCAGUGGCAGUGGUAUUUUUACUAUAUGUAAGUUUCAGGACCUGUCCUAAAAUUCAUGAUGUUCUUCUAAAUAUGAUUUUGGAAAUAUAUCUUGCAGUACUUGGCGUUCUGAAUUCACUAUCAUGAUUUGUGACGGAGAAUCAAUUAUUUCAGUAUGUGUGUUUUAGUGAGUGGAUUGUGUCGGUGUGGAAAUAUCAAUACUGUUUUAUCAGAAAGUUUUUGUUCACUAGCCAUAAUUACCUGAUUUGUAGAAUUACAUUUUAAUGCAUUACAAUUAAGAAUUACAUGAAUCAGAAUGGAGAAAUGUGCAAUUAUAAACUGCCAAGAAUGAUAAUUAUAAUGUCUAUAAAUACAGAUAAAUGUCUCCAGAACACACUGAUUAAAUGUGACUUGUGACCUUGGA